UCACUAGAUGGUGUGCAAGCCACUGGAGAAUCGACUUCUUCUUACAGUAUUGCUUAGACAAAACAAAGCUGGAAAACUCUGUGGAACGCCAUUUCUCGAGCUUUUUUUAGGGUGGGCAGAUCUGAAAUAAGAGCGCUGUGAAAAAAGGAAGGGGGUAAAAAAAAAAAAAAAAAAGAAAAGGGGGCUUGUGGAAAUUACCGCUGCAUCUCGGAGGUGGUGGACAUGAUGAUGAUGAUUGUGCAGGAAGCUUGUUGCUCCGGCCAGUGGCUGACUGCUGUCGUCCUCAGCCUCUGCUGCUUGCUGCCCUCCUGCCAGGCUGCUGCCCAAAGUGUGGAGUACCCCUGGUUCGCAGUGGACAACACGGUGGCAAGACAAGGAGACACCGCAGUUCUGAGAUGCUACCUUGCAGAUGUAACUUCAAAAGGAGCCUGGCUGAACAGAUCCAGUAUCAUUUUUGCCGGCGAGGACAAGUGGUCAGUGGACCCUCGUGUGUCAAUUGUUUCGAGUAUUGGAAGUAAACGGGAGUACAGCUUACAAAUACAGAAUGUGGACAUCACUGAUGAUGGUCAGUACACGUGCUCUGUCCAAACUCAGCACAACCCGAGGACUGUGCAAAUCUACUUAACAGUGCAAGUUCCCCCAAAGAUAUGCGAAAUCUCUCCCAACGUUGUGGUUAACGAAGGCAGCAACGUGACACUCUUCUGUCAGGCGAAAGGCAAACCAGAGCCAUCCAUUUUUUGGAGACAUAUAACUCCAUCAGCCAAGAAAACUGAAACUGGGGAAUAUCUAGUAAUAACAAGCAUCACAAGGGACCAGUCUGGAGAAUACGAAUGCAAUGCCGAAAACGAAGUGUCAUUCCGAGAUAUCAAGAAAGUGAAAGUCACAGUAAACUAUCCUCCGACAAUACUGGAGAUGAAGCUCACCGGAAUGGGCCUGGGCCGCCCUGGAUUGAUACGAUGUGAGACUGCUGCAGUGCCCUCGCCGCUUUUUGAAUGGUACAAAGGAGAGAAGAAGCUUUUCAAUGGACGCCAAGGGAUUACCAUUCAGAGCUACAGCACAAGAUCUGUUCUCACCGUGUCCAACAUGACAGAGGAUCAUUAUGGAAACUACACGUGCGUCGCAAUCAACAAGCUGGGAGCUGCCAAUGCCAGUGUGCCUCUAAUCUCACCAAGCACUGCACAGUAUGGAGUCAGAGGAAGUGGAGAAGUUCUUUUUUCCUGCUUGUACCUGGUGUCUGCAGUCUACUUCUUCUUGAUCAGCCUAUACUAGCUGAAGAUGUCCAUUCACAAUGAAUGUAAAGAACCCUAAAAGAACUGCAAACUCGUACCUUGACAGGAUCCAAUCUGGUACAGUUGGUUAAAAACAGUGCGGGAUAUCAACAGCAUUACUAACAUGGGGAUGCUCACUCCUUUUUGAAUCGACCAUUAUGUAAAUACCUUAUUUCAGUAUUUUGUUUUUUGUUUGUUCUUUUGUUUUGUUUUUUUAUUAUUACAUACAUUAGCUUGUGAAUCAUUUCUCAUUGUUGCAUAUGAUCACCAAAGUAUAGGAAUUCUUUUGGUGAUAUUACUUGUUGCACUAUGUUUUGUUAAUUUCAAUGAAUGAAAAAUUGCUGGUUUUACAAGGUCUCAAAUUUGGAAGUUUUUAAAACAGAAUUCCGCUCUUUUUCCUAUUUGGCAUAAAAAAAUGUAUCACAUUCAGAAAAUCAUAGAGGUCUAUUAACAUAACCCUACAGAAAAUUCUAUAAAGUAUUCUAAAGUGUUUAAGUAUUCUUUAUAAGCUUCUCCAAAAGUAUACGAAAAUUAUAAAGUAGUAGCAAGAAUGGGACACAGGGUGUGUACGCACGAGUGUGUGUUUUUGAAACAGAAUCCUUGGAAAUGCAUCACUUACAAAACUGAAUUUUAUUUUUAUUUUUCCACAAACGUUUACUACUGUCUUCUAAAUUCUCCUUUUUGAAAAAUAUUUUAAGAUGCAGGGAUGGAAUCAAAACACAAUUUCUGCUUCAAAGAAGACCUUUCAGACUCAUCGAGGACUUUGUGUUUCAAAUUAUUGAAAAAUAUAUUUUAUUUGUUAUUGGUAUUUAAUAAUUUUGACUGGUGUUAAUGUUAUUUCUACAUGUGGUUGUAAAUUAGCUUUACAAACUUCAAUUAAUGAGUUAAAAGGUUUUGAAACUUUGGCACCCAUUUUGAAAUUUAUAUCAACGUGAAAAGGUAUUGCAUCGUGCAAAAUCUCAAGCGCCACCGUUCUGCAUUGUUUCCCCCAGGCAGUAGCGUCGGUGACUGUUGCUGAAGCUGCCCCUA